GAAGGAGCGGAGAGUCGGAGAAGUCAUUCCGUGGUGGGAUUGGGACCUCUUUGCUCCUCUUCCAGAGGGAGAAACAGGAGAGGAGGAGUCGCCAUGACCUCCGCCGCCAUCUUCCUCCUCGUUUUCCUCCUGGAAUCCGGAGCCGUGAGGAGUCUCCAACCGGAACGAGACCGAGCGUCUCUCCUCUAUCCCUACGGAUCCGAUGAGGGCGACCGGAAGACCCCCAAAUUGGACGAUGGGACCUCUCCGAAGGUCUCCCUCUCCGUCCCUUUCACCUUCUACGGCAAAAAGCACCGAAGCCUCUACGUGAACAACAACGGCGUCGUCUCCUUCGACGCGAGGGUCGCUCAGUACACUCCGGACCCUUUUCCGUUGGCCGACGGACGCCCUUUCGUGGCUCCGUACUGGGCCGAUGUGGACAACGUCUUGGGAGGAGAGGUCUUCUACCGAGAGACCACCCAAGAGGCCCUCUUGGAAAGGGUCACCGAGAACAUCAACCGAUACUUCCCCACCGUCCCCUUCGCCGCCGCGUGGGCGUUCGUGGCCACCUGGGACCACGUGGCCUAUUACGGCUCCAACACCAACAAGGGCAACACCUUCCAAGCUCUCCUGACCUCCAACGGCGAGACCUCCUUCAUCGUCCUCAACUACUGGGACAUCCAGUGGACCACGGGGGCGGCGAGCGACGGUGACCCCGAUACCGGCCUUGGUGGGACCCCAGCGCACGCUGGAUUCAACAGCGGCGACGAAACCAACUUCUACAACAUUCCCGGCUCCCAAAGCGACGCCAUCAUCAACAUCACCAUGACCUCCAACGUCAACGUUCCAGGCCGGUGGGUCUUCCAAGUAGAUGACUUCAAGGUGACGGGAGUCCCCACGGAGGCGCCCAAAGUCGCCGACAUCAGCAAUUGUUGGCUGUGAAACGAUGGCUCCAGAGCUGAGGAACCUCCUUUGACCCCAUCCUUCUCAUCUCCAGAGCUGA